AUGGCAUCAACUCUCUCUUACAAAUUCCUUUCUUUGUUUCUUUUUGUCUCCAUUUCUUCUCCUUUCUCGCAUGCAACAUCUCGCCUUCAUGGCCAACUUCACUUGUCUUCAGCUUCCAGCUUGGCGAAACUGCAAGCAGAAAAGCUGAUAAGAGCUUUUAACUUAUCCCCUCAGCACUCCAUCAAUAUCCCAACCCUUGUUGAUUCUUUAGUAAAUGGAACUCCGAUCGUUGAGAAACCAUUGAACUUGCAUCUUCUUGGCAAUCCAGGGUCUUCUGUUCAGGAUUUCGGCCACCAUGCUGGAUACUUUAAGCUUCCCCAUGCAAAAGCUGCAAGGAUGUUCUACUUUUUCUUUGAAUCACGGAACAGCAAGAAUGAUCCUGUGGUCAUAUGGUUGACAGGAGGACCUGGAUGCAGCAGUGAAUUAGCACUGUUUUAUGAAAAUGGUCCCUUCCAUAUUUCGAAAAACAAAUCUCUUAUAUGGAAUGACUUUGGUUGGGAUAAGGCAUCAAACCUCAUAUAUGUUGAUCAGCCCACUGGAACUGGAUUCAGUUACACAACAGACGAAAGUGACAUUCGACACGAUGAAAAUGGUGUCAGUAAUGACUUAUAUGAUUUCUUGCAGGCUUUCUUCAACAAGCAUCCCCAGUUUGUCAAAAAUGAUUUUUACAUAACUGGAGAAUCUUAUGCUGGGCACUACAUCCCUGCUUUUGCUACUAGGAUUCACCAAGGAAACAAAAAUAAAGAAGGGAUUCAGAUAAACCUCAAGGGAUUUGCUAUUGGCAAUGGUCUUACUAAUCCUAGUAUUCAGUACGAAGCAUACACUGAUUAUGCAUUGGAUAAUAAGUUAAUUCAGCAAUCUGAUUACGACAAAAUUAACGAGUUGGUUCCAGAUUGUGAGCAGGCAGCCAAAGCUUGUGGUAAUUCUCUUCCCUUUGAUUAUGAUGAACUGCUAAAAGCUCUGUCCUUGGUUGACCAUAAUGAACUGGGAAUGAUUUUUCAGGCACAGAUGGUGAAUCUUCUUGUGAAACUGCAUAUCUUAAUUGCCAAAAGAUAUUCAACGGGAUCCUCCAAGUUACUGUACUACGAUAUCAGAAAGCAAUGUGAGGGGCAACUAUGCUAUGAUUUUUCAGACAUGGGGACAUUCCUGAACACGAAAGAAGUUAGAGACGCUCUAGGGGUAGGAGACCUAGACUUUGUUUCAUGCAGUUCUGAUGUUUAUGAAGCCCUGCUUUCGGACUGGAUGAGGAACCUUGAAGUGGGGAUUCCAGCUCUCCUUGAGGAUGGAAUCAGGGUACUUAUCUAUGCUGGAGAGGAGGAUCUCAUAUGCAAUUGGCUAGGAAACUCAAGAUGGGUUCAUGCAAUGGAAUGGUCUGGCCAGAAAGAAUUUGGAGCAGCCCCAACUGUUAGAUUUGUGGUUGAGGGUGCAGAAGCAGGACAACUGAAAAGCCAUGGUCCUCUCACUUUCCUUAAGAAACUUUGA